AAUAUCUCUCCAAUUCUGCGUUAAGCCACUAUGUCGUCUAGUCCACAAUUUCAUAAUCUAAUUCGAUUUCUUGACGAAUCACUCGUCGAGCAUUAUGGAGACGUCGGAGAGGCUCCUUUAGACAAUAUCAUUGGCUCACAAGUAGAGCUUCUCCAUGAUGCCAACGAUCUGACCCGAACGGGAAAUAAGGCGGUAGUACACAAGCUGUUGCCGCCUAUUGCCUCGACGCCCCUUUUCAUCUGCAUCGGGCUGAAUUAUAAGGAUCAUGCGAAAGAAGCCGGACUGGAAAUUCCCCCUAAUCCAGUUGUCUUCACCAAACCUCCAGAUGCGUUAGCGGGGCCGACCUCAGAAAUCAUUGUGCCCCCUGAGGCGAAAAUGAUGGACUACGAGGCCGAGCUAUGCGUCGUUAUUUCAAAGACAGGGAAGAAUAUCCCUGAGGAUGAUGCGCUUUCCUACGUCCUAGGCUUCACUGCAGGCAACGAUUUGUCAUCGCGGUACUGGCAGCGAGCUCCACGAUCAGGUGGUCAAUAUUGCUUCGCGAAGUCCUUUGAUGGCUUUGCGCCUCUAGGACCGACAAUCCUGCACCCGAGCCUCGCAACUGUGGAGUUGCAGAUUCAGACGCGAGUCAACGGGGAAGUGCGACAGAAUGCGAGCACCACAGAGAUGAUCUUCACCGUGAAGCAAAUCAUAGCGCAUGUAAGUAGGGGCACGACGCUACGGAAAGGCACCGUUAUUAUGACCGGGACUCCUGCGGGCAUUGCGGGCAAGAUGCCGGGACAGCCUUGGCUGAAGCACGGCGACAUGGUGGAGGUUGAGAUCAGUCAAAUUGGAUGUCUCAAAAACAAGCUCGUUUUUGAGACGGAACAAUGAAUCGUUCUGGGAUUGUUCUCCUAGAUUAGAAAUGAGAGUCUUUCCCUGCUGUUGAAUAAUCGCGUCGUGAAUUCUCUCACGGGGCGUCUGACGCUCAGAAUCUGCAUCCCUGACUAAGACCCGGUGGAGUCCCGGACUACCAUACGGUUCAGAUUAUAAUGAUAUCUGGAGAACAUGGUGAUAGAUUUAAUAUUCAGUUCUUUCGAUUACUGCC